AUGUCGUUCUCGGAGGCUCAGUGCUUCCAUUGCAGCGGCUAUCCCGGGCGCCCUUGCAAGGAUGAACGCUGCAGUGAAAUCCCUCCUGUCACCCAUCAGGCGGUGGUAACCUCGUCCGCAACGCACCACGCUAAUGCUAGCAUCAACAGCUCGAUAGCAGCUAUGAAUGCGGCGACGGGAGAGGAGACUGCCAAUGUGGGUGGCACCGAGGGAAGGGCUACGGCCGCUGAAAGCGCUGCCGCCGUUGGAGCUGGGCGCGGUGCUCUCGCAAAGGUCGGUAGCCCAGCAGACACGAGCAAGGGCAUUGGGAAGCUCUACGCCGAUGCGCGUAGAAAUGGGGGUAUUACAUAG